UCUUUCAAGCGUCUAGAGUGCGGAAAUGAGCAAACUUAUACUCCGAUGAGGCUCAACCGAACCCGACCUGCUAUGCUGGCCACCAUUUUGCCCCUCUCGGCAGAGAGCCCGAAGUACUUAACUGCAGCCCUUCCGCCAUGAGCGUAGCCUCGUGGUCCUAGGAGGGUUUUCCUUUCGGUUUCUCCCGUCAAUCGCUCGACAAUGGUUUCGCCGAAGCCUUGGAAUUUCGCCAUGUCGAGUUUUCCAUCCCUAGUGAUGCUGCUCGGUGCUAGCAUCGCCGUCGUCGACGCAGUACCAUGGGUAGGCCCGUACCCCACAGCAAAGGCACAGUUCGAGGACAUGGUAGCGCGAGGGACGAGUCCGCGGCCGACGGGCGGGGUGGAAGAGCUCUUUGGCCUGAUGAAGCGAGGGCCCGAGCAGACUUGCGGCUAUGAAUUCGGAGCUCCAGAUCGGCCAUGGUACUGCCGGUCCACCGCCGUCUGCGCGACGGACACCACAUUCUAUGCGUUCGGGUGCUGCAACUUGCUUAGUCUUGCGAACGACGAUUGCACGCUGGCGACGACAUGCGUCCCAUCGGCACUCGCGGCCGCAUGUACAGGCAGCUGCUUGCACGAUGUCGGGGCUACUACAUGCUCUUCUGCUACCGCGCCGUACUGUAAUCUGUACUGGAUGACCAUGAAUGGUCGACUGUUCAGCAACUAUCAGUGCGAGUCCGCCAAUUCGCUCGCAGUUGAUGUGUACACUACGGCCUCCACCACGUCUACAAAUCCGCUGGCACGUCCGACGGUGCCAUCUAUCCCCAGGCCAAGUGUUCCUGACGCUCCGAGGCCGACUACUCCCUCGACUUACCCCUCUCCACCUCCACUUCAACCACCAUAAUCAUCGCUACAACCAUCAUCAUCCAAACCGGUCCAUCCGGUCCAACAA